AUGCUCCUCCCGCGUUUUCUAGGGCGCUCCCACGCGACAGCUGCUGCAUAUGUAGCCGCAAGGACGCCAUCUUUCCGAGUCAGACCCUUCCACGCUUCUGCUGCCCUGCGUGCCAUCGACAUGUCCAAGGUAGACACGACCCAGCGGCUGGCGGACCUCCGCAAGCUCAUGAAGGAGCGCAAUGUCGACAUCUACAUGGUCCCGUCUGAAGACAGCCACCAGAGCGAGUACAUUGCCCCAUGUGACGCGCGACGAGAGUACAUCAGUGGCUUUACUGGCUCCGCUGGCUAUGCCGUCAUCACCCACGACAAGGCCGCCCUCUCCACCGACGGACGCUACUUCAACCAGGCCGAGAAGCAGCUAGACAGCAACUGGGAGCUGCUGAAGCAAGGCAUACAGGAUGUACCUACCAUCCAGGAGUGGACCGCGGACCAGGCCGAGGGGGGCAAGGUCGUCGGUGUAGACCCCAGCGUCGUCACUGCAGCAGACGCCCGCAAGCUUGCCGACAAGAUCAAGAAGAAGGGUGGCGAGUACAAGGCCAUCGACGAGAACCUGAUCGACCUAGUAUGGGGAGACAAAAGGCCAGCCCGACCGAGUGAGAAAGUCAUUGUGCAGCCUGAGAAGUACUCUGGAAAGAGCUUCGAAGACAAGAUUGAGGACCUGCGCAAGGAACUCGAAAAGCGGAAGAGCCUAGGCUUCGUCGUAUCCAUGCUCGACGAGGUCGCAUGGCUUUUCAACCUCCGCGGCAGCGACAUUCCAUACAACCCCGUAUUCUUCUCCUACGCCGUCGUCACGUCCACCGCAGCCACCCUAUAUGUCGACGAAAGCAAGCUACCCGAAGAUGUCAAGAAGCACUUGGGCGACAAGGUUACGAUCCGACCAUACGAGGCUAUAUUCGGAGACGUCACGUCGCUGAGCAAGGAGCUGUUCGAGGCCAUGGAGAAGACGGAGACACAGAAGAAGUUCCUGACUUCCAACCGAGCAUCGUGGGCCCUGAACAAGGCCCUUGGCGGGGACGACAAGGUCGAAGAAACCCGUAGUCCGGUCGGAGAUGCAAAGGCAGUCAAGAACGAAGUCGAACUGGAGGGUAUGCGUCAAUGUCACAUCCGUGAUGGGGCUGCGCUGAGCGAGUACUUCGCCUGGCUGGAGGACCAACUCAUCAACAAGAAGGCCACGCUGGAUGAAGUCGACGGUGCCGACAAGCUCGAGGAGAUUCGUAAGAAGCACGACAUGUUCAUGGGUCUUUCUUUUGACACCAUCUCAUCGACGGGGCCGAAUGCAGCUGUUAUCCACUACAAGCCUGAAAAGGGUGAGUGCGCGGUUAUCGACCCCAAGGCUAUAUACCUGUGCGAUUCCGGAGCGCAAUACCGAGACGGUACUACAGACACAACGAGGACCAUGCAUUUCACGGAGCCGACCGAGAUGGAACGUACCGCGUAUACGCUUGUGCUCAAGGGCAACAUGGCUCUCGAGCGCGUCAAGUUCCCCAAGGGUACGACAGGUUUCGCAUUAGAUAGUCUGGCUCGCCAGUUCCUAUGGCAGGAAGGUCUCGACUACCGUCACGGCACUGGACACGGCGUGGGCUCGUUCCUCAACGUACACGAGGGACCUAUCGGAAUUGGCACUAGGGUUCAAUAUUCUGAAGUCUCCUUGGCUGUAGGGAACGUGGUAUCUGACGAGCCUGGAUACUACGAAGAUGGCAAGUUCGGUAUCCGCAUCGAGAACAUGGUCAUGGUCCGAGAAGUGGAGACGAAGCACAAGUUCGGUGACAAGCCAUUCUUGGGAUUCGAGCAUGUUACGAUGACUCCACACUGCAGGAACCUUGUCGACAUGAGCUUGCUUACAGAAGACGAGAAGAGCUUCAUCAACGAAUACCACAAGGAGGUCUAUGAGAAGACGAGCAAAUUCUUCGAGAAUGACUCUUUGACAUUGGAGUGGUUGAAGCGGGAGACAGCACCGUACUAG